UCAAGAGUCCUCACUGCAAGGCAGCAGUCGGUGUUCUACACACAGCUAAAUCACGCAGUUUAAAACACUGGAAAGAAAUGGAUAGUCGCAUUACAGACUCGGCUAACGAGGCAAAAGAUAACGUCAAGUACUUGUAUACUUUAGACAAGUUUUUUGGUCCACUUAUAAAAUGCACCCCGACUGAAAUGAUUGAAUACGUGCCGAGUUUGGUGAACGCAAUACGAAUGAUUCAUAGCAUCUCUCAGUACUACAACACAUCCGAACGAAUGACGUCAUUAUUYGUUAAAGUGACCAAUCAGAUGAUUACAACAUGUAAAGCUUACAUCAACAGAGGAGUAUCUAAGAUAUGGGACCACAAAAGGGAGGUGUUAUCUGCACGAUUAAAUGAAUGUAUCGCCUUGAAUAAAGAAUACCAGAAAUGCUUCCAUCGCACUAARCUAAAACUAAGAGAAAAUCCAAAAGAAAGACAAUUCGAAUUCAGUGAGAAUUACAUUUUCGGGAAGUUUGAUGCUUUUUGYAAAAGACUCGAGAAGAUUGACGACAUGUUGAACACGAUGGAGAAUCUGUCAGGAUUGACGAACUUUAAACUCGAGGGUGUCGAGACGAUUGUCGUUCGAUAUGCAACGAUUGUCGCGAAUGUGAAAAAGAAGUCGUAUGACUUACUGGAUCACCGCAAAGGAGAGUUUGAUGGUGACUACGAAGAAUUCAAAGAAAACAUCGAAGGUUUAAAGCAGCAGCUUCAAUUAUUUGUGGAUUCCUGGUUUGAAAAACCUCUCUCGACAAUUCGAUCCCUGGAGCUGCUCAGUAAGUUCGAGAGCAUUUCAGGUGUUCAGCUUUACCUUCACGACAAGUAUUACAAAGUUCUCAUGCAGUAUGGGAAAGAUUUGGAAACUUGUAGAAAAAUGUACCAGAAACAGAAAAACGACCCUCCAAUUCUUAGAAACCUCCCUCCGGUGGCAGGGAAGAUCACAUGGGCUCGACAGUUGUUCCGUCGAAUCCACGAACCCAUGGUUCUGUUCAAAAAAUAUCCUGAAGUUUUGAAAAGUGAAGACGCCAAGAGGUUGAUCAGAAGCUACAACAAGAUGGCGGCAGUUCUGGUGGAAUUCGAGGUUCUGUAUCACCGCGGUUGGUAUCGAGCUGUAGAAGCAGCAAAGAGUGGUCUACUUGCUUCUCUGCUUGUCAAACACCCUGAAACAAAGGCCUUGUUUGUCAACUUUGAUCCYCAAAUUUUAGAACUAUUACAAGAAGCAAAGUGUAUGGCCAGACUAAACCUUGAGGUCCCAAAUGCUGCUCAAGUCCUUCGCCUUAAAGAAGACCAGAUCAAGUCCUGUAGUAACAGACUGGUAGAGGUCUUAAAGUAUUAUUCCCAAGUAGUGUCUGGUAUYCCUGAAGUAGUCUUACCUCUGAUGAAACCAUUCACAGAUCGAGUAGAUGAGACUAUAAAACCAGGCUUGACCAUGCUUAACUGGACCUCAAUGAACAUUUCCGGAUACAUCGAUGACAUACAAAAAUCUGUGCAAGGUCUAGAACGACUAUCAAAAGAGAUUCGAGAUAUUCUUGAUUGUCGAAUAGAAGCUGGAUUGGCUGAGAUAGGCAGCACUCCUUUAUGUGAUUUACCGGAGGAAGAAGCAAUAUUUGUCGAGGACUUUGUAGUAACGACAGAAAAAAUCUGUAGUGAAAACGCUGAAAUCUUGUCCAAACAUUGUCACUUGGUUGAGAUAUCAGUCAUGACGUUACUGGACUCUUUAAAGAACAACAUGACUCCCGAAGAACUCAAACCGCUCAACAAAACAAACUACCCCUGUUUGUACCCUGAAUCAAAACAAGCAAAGAACAAUAAAGGCAAUAGAUGCUGGGAAUGUAUGCCGUGUUGUUACUGGAAUCUUAUUGUCAGCUUUAACCAGAGAAAUAUCGAUGCGUUAGUCAGAUGUACGAGGCUGUCGCUUGAUUCCAUUAAAAGAAAAAUGCAGUCGUCCAAUAAGUUCAAGGGAGAUAAUGCAGAAAUGAAGAGUGCUUUGUUCAAGGCUGACAUAGUUCUUGAGAUCCCUACUGUAUCAAUGAAACCAAGUCUGGAUGAUAUACAACAGUCUCUGAACACAGCUGUACAGAUAAUGCUCAAGACUACACAGAGAGUUCACGAGUGGGAAUCACACGGUACUAUUCACCAGCCUCCCAUACCAGUGGUCGAGGAAGGUAAACCAGUCCCUCCCGUCCAUCCCAAGUCACUCUACAAGAUCGUGUCCGAACACAAGGAUGUAUUGAAGRUUGUCAUUAUGUUGAGUUCCAUCGUUAGUACGUUCAAAGCUGAUGUUAAGGAUGUCCUGGGUGCGAUGGAUCAGUUCAAAGAACUGUGGAAUGAGGAUCCAAACGAAAAAGUCAAAGCAUUCAUUGAGUCCAAGCCCUUGUUGUCGGACUUCGAUUCACAAAUCAAAUAUUACCAGCGUCUAGAGUCUUUGAUCGAAGAACUACCCUCCUAUUAUCGUAUUGGUUCUGUCAUAUACUUGACUGAUCGACUCAAGGAAGCUCUUGUUACAGAAACCAAGGCCUGGAAACAAGCAUUUGGCAAGGCUCUCGCAGAAAAGGCGAGUACAGAUAUGGAAGAGAUAUUCACAUUUAUUGAUAAUCUUGGUAAACGCUUGGCUCGUAACAUCACGGACCUGGAUGACGUCAGAAGCAGCAUGGCGGCUCUCAGUGAGAUCAGAGAGUCAGAGAUCAAGAUGGAUAUGAUGAUUGGUCCUAUAGAGGAGUCCUUCGCCAUGAUGAAUCGUUACGGRCUGCAUUAUCCAAGCAGUGAUGCAGAAAGAGUGGAUGGGUUGACGUAUGCCUGGAAGAAACUCACCUCACAGGCUGGUACAGUUGCAGCGCAUUUAUUGAAAAUCCAACCUACGUUCAAGUCAGACCUGCUGGAAGGUGUUGCUAACUUCAAGGUUUURGUUGAAGAGUUCACUAAAGACUACACAGAAAAGGGUCCAAUGGUUCCUGGUAUUGCCCCAAGAGAAGCAAGCGAUCGUCUCGGUAUUUUCCAGGCAAGAUUCGAUGAAAUCUGGAGGAAAUAUGAGACGUACUCAGGCGGGGAGGAGCUCUUUGGACUAACGGUAACCGAAUACCCCGCCGUACAGCGUACUCGUCGUGAGCUUGGCCUCUUACAGAAGCUGUACAGCUUGUACAACUCUGUCAUCGAUAACGUUAAUGGCUAUUAUGAUAUCCUAUGGCAGGAGAUAGAUAUCGAGAAAAUCAAUAACGAAUUGAUGGAAUAUCAAAACAGGAUCAGAAAGCUUCCAAAAGCCCUCAAAGAUUGGCAGGCGUUCCUUGAGCUGAAGAAGACCAUCGAUGAUUUCAGUGAAUCUUGCCCCUUGCUGGAGAUGAUGGCGAACAAAGCCAUGAAACAACGACACUGGGAUAGAAUCUCACAGUUGUGUGGAGUAACACUCGAUGUGGAGUCUGAGACCUUCCAACUAAGGCAGCUUAUGAGCGCGCCUCUAUUGCCUAAUAAGGAAGAAAUUGAGGACAUUUGUAUCGCGGCAGUCAAAGAAAAAGACAUUGAGAGUAAGCUGAAGAGUGUCAUUGCUGACUGGAGUGUCCAGUCCUUCUCGUUUGCCGGCUUCAAAAACCGAGGGGAACUGUUACUGAAAGGAGGAGACACUGCGGAGAUUGUGUCUUUGAUGGAAGAUAGCUUGAUGGUUCUUGGGUCUUUGCUCAGCAACAGAUACAACGCACCAUUCAAGGCUGACAUUCAGAAAUGGGUUGCCAAGCUAACAGGAUCGACAGAAAUCAUCGAAAACUGGUUGGUGGUUCAGAAUCUGUGGGUUUACCUKGAAGCAGUGUUUGUUGGUGGAGACAUUGCUAAACAGCUACCGCAAGAAGCGAAACGAUUCAGCCAGAUUGACAAGUCUUGGGUGAAGAUCAUGCAACGAGCACACGAGAAUUCUAAUGUUGUUCAGUGUUGCGUUGGUGAUGAUACUCUUGGGCAGUUACUGCCGCAUUUGUUGGAACAGCUAGAGAUCUGUCAGAAAUCGCUUAGUGGAUAUCUUGAGAAGAAGCGUCUGUUGUUCCCGCGCUUUUUCUUCGUGUCUGAUCCAGCUCUACUUGAGAUUCUUGGCCAAGCAAGUGAUUCACAUACCAUUCAGGCUCACCUGCUGGGGAUCUUUGACAACGUGAAGACAGUGACCUUUGACGAGAAAGAAUACGAUAAGAUUCUUGCCAUCAACUCUCGAGAAAAUGAACAAAUCCUUCUGGAAAAACCCGUUGUCGCUCAGGGUAACGUUGAAGUGUGGCUGGACAACCUUCUCCAACAGGCUCGAAUGUCACUACACGGAGUCAUCCGUAUGGCGUCUGUUGCCAUCAAGGAUCCUGCUUUCAAACUCAUUGAGUUCCUGGACACAUUCGCCGCGCAGGUUGGUCUUCUUGGAAUACAAAUGAUAUGGACAAGAGACUCGGAAGAUGCUUUGUCAAAUGCAAGAUCAGACAAGAAGAUCAUGGCACAGCGUAACCAAUAUUUCCUUGACAUACUGAACGAGUUGAUCGAGAUGACGACAAGAGACCUUACCAAAGUAGAGCGAGUCAAAUAYGAGACAUUGAUCACGAUCCACGUCCAUCAGCGAGAUAUCUUCGACGAUCUUGUCAGAAAGAACAUCAAAUCGCCGUCAGAUUUUGAAUGGCUGAAGCAAUCCCGUUUCUACUGGCGAGAAGAAACAGACAACUGUAUCGUAUCGAUAACAGAUGUGGAUUUCAUCUACCAGGACGAGUUCCUUGGGUGUACAGAUCGUCUGGUYAUCACACCUUUGACUGACAGAUGUUAUAUUACYCUGUCSCAAGCUCUGGGCAUGGCAAUGGGUGGAGCACCCGCUGGCCCAGCAGGCACAGGUAAGACAGAGACCACCAAAGACAUGGGCAAAGCUCUUGGCAAGUACGUGGUCGUGUUUAACUGUUCAGAUCAGAUGGAUUACCGUGGUCUUGGACGUAUCUUYAAAGGCCUUGCUCAGUCAGGUAGUUGGGGCUGCUUUGACGAGUUCAACCGUAUCGAGCUACCUGUGUUAUCUGUGGCCGCGCAGCAGAUUUCUGUCGUCCUCACUGCAAAGAAGGAGAGAAAGAAGGAGUUUAUCUUUACUGAUGGAGAUGUGGUUGACAUGAAUCCAGAGUUUGGUAUCUUCUUAACCAUGAACCCAGGUUACGCCGGACGCCAGGAGCUUCCAGAGAACCUAAAGAUUAUGUUCCGUACCGUGGCCAUGAUGGUCCCUGAUCGACAGAUUAUCAUCCGAGUCAAGCUGGCUGCUUGUGGUUUCAUCAGGAAUAUUAUUCUCUCUGCCAAGUUUUACACUCUUUACAAGCUGUGUGAGGAACAACUGACAAAACAGGUGCAUUACGACUUUGGUCUUCGUAACAUUCUGUCAGUAUUGCGUACKCUGGGAGCUGCAAAAAGAGCAAAUCCUGAGGACAGCGAAGAUCGUAUCGUCAUGAGAGUAUURCGUGACAUGAACUUGAGUAAACUUGUGGAUGAAGACGAACCUCUCUUCUUGAGCCUUAUCGAUGACUUGUUCCCCGGCAUCCAGCUGGAUAAGGCAGGAUACCCUGACAUCGAACAAGCUAUUGCUGAAUGCGUUGAAGAAGCUAAACUCAUUAAYCAUCCUCCCUGGACACUUAAACUUAUCCAGCUGUACGAGACACAGCGGGUACGACACGGUAUGAUGGCACUAGGACCGAGUGGUGCUGGUAAGACUAAAUGUAUCAACAUGCUAUGUAAAGCCAUGACGAUAUGCGGAGAACCACACAAGGAAUUCAGAAUGAACCCAAAGGCUAUCACGGCUCCUCAGAUGUUCGGUCGUCUUGACGUGUCAACAAAUGAUUGGACAGACGGAAUCUUUUCAACACUAUGGAGAAAAACACUUCGCGCCAAAAAGACUGACCAUAUAUGGAUUGUUCUUGAUGGGCCAGUAGAUGCUAUCUGGAUUGAGAAUCUUAACAGUGUUUUGGAUGAUAACAAGACACUUACACUAGCUAAUGGGGACCGUAUUCCUAUGGCACCCAAUUGUAAGGUGGUAUUUGAGCCCCAUAACAUUGACAACGCUUCACCCGCCACCGUGUCCAGGAACGGUAUGGUGUAUAUGAGCUCCUCUGCCUUGGACUGGAAGCCAAUCCUGAGGGGUUGGCUAAACACUCGGCCACCARGCGAAGGAGACACUCUUUUCCCGCUCUUUGAACAAGUUUUUGAUGACCUUCGGAAUUUUAUCCUUGUCAACACUUCACCCAAGAUGGACCUGCUGGAAUGUAACUAUAUCGUACAAGCCUCUAAYAUUUUACAAGGAUUGAUUCCUGGAGAAGAUGCGUCUAAACCUGCAGAUGCCAAGCAUCUGGAGAAGCUGUUCAUCUUCUCGAUCAUGUGGAGUAUCGGUGCGCUGCUGGAACUGGCUGACAGGAAAAAGAUGGAAGAUUUUCUGAAGAGUAAUUUUUCCCUGAGCUGGCCUCCUGCWGAAGGCAACGAUACGUUCUUUGAGUAUCUCGUCAACGAGGAGGGAGAAUGGGAGCACUGGUCUAAUCGAGUUGAGACCUAUGACUACCCAGUUGACAGUAUCCCAGAGUAUUCAUCCAUCCUGGUACCUAAUGUAGACAAUGUCAGAACUGACUACCUCAUUAACACUGUUGCAAACGUACCAUUGAGAGCUACGUGGACAAGAGAAUGGGCACGACUUAUGGCCCCCCUGCUGGAAAGAAGAUGACAACAUUURUCGAUGACAUCAACAUGCCAGUCAUCAACGAAUGGGGUGAUCAGAUUACGAACGAGAUCGUCCGUCAGUUGAUGGAGAUGAGAGGMUUCUACAGUCUCGAUAAACCAGGAGAGUUUACCAACAUYGUAGACAUUCAGUUUAUUUCUGCAAUGAUCCAGCCAGGUGGCGGCAGRAACGAUAUCCCCAGCCGUCUUAAACGCCARUUYACUGUCUUUAACUGUACUUUACCCUCMAAUACRUCCAUCGACAAAAUCUUCACUACUGUUGGCAUCGGAUACUUCAACAAACAACGCGGAUUCUCUGACGAGAUUAGACAACUGAUUGAACCWCUGGUCAAAAGUACUAGGGUACUGUGGCAGAAGGUCAAGGUCAAGAUGUUACCCACACCGGCUAAGUUCCAUUACAUCUUUAAUCUUAGGGACUUGAGCAGAAUCUGGCAGGGAAUGCUGAACGUGACGUCAGAGAUCCUGACAGACAAGAGAGUCAUGUUGAAUCUGUGGAAACAUGAAUGUAGUCGUGUCAUCGCUGAUCGCUUCACUAACCAACCUGAYAAGGACUGGUUUGAUAAGGCUCUCAAUCAAGUCUUGGAGGAAGAUUUUGGCAGCGAAGCUUUGGGUUUAGUGGAUCCUGAGCCUUACUUUGUGGAUUUCUUGAGGGAUGCUCCUGAACCAACAGGUGACGAACCCGAGGAUACCGAGCUAGAAGCUCCGAAGAUUUACGAACCCAUUCCGAGUUUUGAAGGCUUGAACGAAAGACUGAUAAGCUUUGUAGAAAUGUAUAACGAGGCGAUUCGUGGUGCCCGGAUGGACCUCGUCUUCUUUAAGGACGCCAUGACUCAUYUGAUCAAAGUGUCUCGUAUCAUCCGYACACYUCGUGGUAACGCUCUCCUGGUCGGUGUUGGUGGAUCUGGAAAACAAAGUCUCACUCGCCUUGCUUCUUUUAUUGCUGGUUAUAAAAUAUUCCAGAUUACUCUUACCAGGUCUUACAACACCAGUAACCUGAUGGAUGAUCUAAAGGUCCUGUACAGGACAGCUGGGCACCAGGGACAAGGGAUCACUUUUAUAUUCACUGAUAAUGAAAUCAAAGAUGAGGGUUUCUUAGAGUACAUGAAUAACGUUCUGGCGUCCGGAGAGGUGUCUAAUUUAUUCGCACGCGAUGAGAUCGAUGAGAUCACAGGAGAUCUUGUUUCUGUCAUGAAGAAAGAAUAUCCUCGUCGACCGCCAACCAACGAAAAUCUCUACGACUAUUUUAUCACACGAGUCAAGAAUAACCUCCACGUGGUGCUGUGUUUCUCUCCUGUCGGUGAGAARUUCCGCAACAGAUCUUUAAAAUUCCCUGGUUUGAUUACUGGGUGUACUAUGGACUGGUUCAGCCGCUGGCCAAAAGAUGCUUUGAUUGCAGUAGCAUCUCACUUCCUGUCUUCCUAUGAAGUUGUUUGUAAACCGGAAGUCAAACAAGCCAUGGUUAAUACUAUGGGUAUAUUUCAGGACAUCGUGGCAGAGUCGUGUGUGCAAUACUUCGAGAUGACAAGGCAGUUGCUGAAAAGAAGUUGGCAGCAGCCAAACCUGCCUUAGAAGAAGCCGAAGCAGCGCUACAAACCAUCAAACCAGCUCACAUCUCAACCGUCCGUAAACUCGCAAAACCACCACAUCUGAUCAUGAGAAUUAUGGACUGCGUGUUACUGCUGUUCAUGAAACGUGUAGACACUGUUACAGCGGACCCUGAACGACCUUGCACUAAACCAUCAUGGGGUGAAUCACUCAAGUGCAUGAGUCAGGGAGGAUUCUUGAACAUGUUGCUUACUUUCCCUAAGGAUUCCAUCAAUGAAGAAACUGUCGAGUUUUUGGAACCUUAUCUCAACAUGGAAGAUUACAAUCUGGAAAGUGCUAAGAAAGUAUGCGGUGACGUAGCAGGCUUGGCUUCUUGGACCAAAGCAAUGGCAACAUUUUAUGGCGUCAACAAAGAAGUACUGCCACUCAAGGCAAAUCUCAUAAUCCAAGAAGCACGUCUGCAGACAGCGACAAAAGAACUAAACCUCGCUCAAGAACAGCUGGAUGAAAAGCAAAAAGAACUGGACCUCGUACAGGCCAAGUACGACAAGGCGAUGACAGACAAACAGACAUUAGUAGACGAUGCUGAAGCUUGUCGUAGGAAGAUGAGUAAUGCUACGGCAUUGAUUGACGGAUUGGGAGGAGAAAAAGUCCGAUGGACAGAACAGAGCAAGAAAUUUGAUCAACAAAUUCAAAGACUUGUUGGAGAUGUUCUUUUAGCCACGGGUUUCUUGUCAUAUUCUGGUCCRUUUAACCAAGAAUUCCGUAACUUGUUACAAGAAAGUUGGAAGAAAGAGAUGCGAAAAGCAAAGAUUCCAUUCUCCGAGGACAUAAACUUGACGAACAUGUUGACGGACGCUGCCACCAUCGGUGAGUGGAAUCUCCAAGGUCUCCCUAACGACGAGCUGUCCAUUCAGAAUGGUAUUAUCGUUACCAAGGCUUCUAGAUAUCCUCUGUUGAUUGAUCCACAGGGUCAAGGAAAAUCUUGGAUAACAGCCAAGGAGGGUCAGGGAAAAGCGUGGAUCAGAUCAAAAGAAUCACAGAAUGAACUACAGAUAACAUCMUUGAACCACAAGUACUUCCGUAACCAUCURGAAGAUUCGCUCUCWUUGGGACGACCGCUGAUCAUAGAGGACGUGGGCGAGGAAUUAGACCCUGCGCUCGAUAACGUGUUAGAGAAAAACUUUAUCAAGUCUGGCAAAACAUAUAAGGUUAAAGUUGGUGACAAGGAAGUUGACGUCAUGGAUGGCUUCCGAUUAUACGUCACAACCAAGCUUGGUAACCCCUCCUACACACCCGAGAUUAGUGCCAAGACUUCUAUUAUCGAUUUCACGGUCACUAUGAAAGGCCUGGAAGAUCAGCUGCUAGGACGGGUUAUUCAAACAGAGAAACAAGAACUAGAAGCAGAGAGGACCAAACUGAUGGAGGAAGUGACAGCCAAUAAACGACGCAUGCAAGACUUAGAAGACAACCUACUGUACAGACUGACUAGUACCCAGGGCUCUUUAGUAGAAGACGAGUCUCUUAUUGAGGUACUAAGUUCUACUAAAGCCACGUCAGAAGAAGUCAGUGAGAAACUAAUUGUCGCUGCUGAGACGGAAGUCAAGAUAAACACUGCGCGUGAGGAGUACAGACCAGUGGCUAAUCGUGGUAGCAUCUUGUACUUCCUGAUCGUGGAAAUGUCUUACGUCAAUGUCAUGUACCAAACAUCCCUCAAACAAUUCCUGGGUCUAUUUGACAUCUCCAUGGCCAGGUCACAGAAAUCUCCCAUCCCAGCCAAACGUAUUCAGAACGUCAUUGAUUACCUGACCUUCGAGGUGUUCAGAUACACUACACGUGGYUUGUACGAGGAACAUAAGUUCUUGUUCACCUUACUGCUGACAUUGAAGAUCGAUUUGCUGGAGAGACGAAUCAAACAUGAAGAAUUCCAAGUUCUCAUCAAAGGUGGCGCAGCUCUUGAUCUGAAUGCCGUUGAACCCAAACCCAAGAAAUGGAUUCUAGAUUUAACAUGGCUCAACCUGGUAGAGCUCAGCAAACUGCCGCAGUUUACUUCUAUUCUGGGGCAGAUUACUCAUAAUGACAAAGCUUGGAAGACAUGGUUCGAUAGUGACGCGCCAGAAGACGCACCAAUACCAGAUGGAUAUCAUGGUUCACUAGAUACCUUUAGAAAAYUAUUAUUGAUACGAUCAUGGUGUCCGGACCGAACCAUGAACCAGGCGAGAAGGUACAUCACAGAAGCCAUUGGAAAAGAGUAUGCUGAGGGAGUGAUCUUGAACCUCGAAGGCAUGUGGGAAGAGAGUGAUAGUCGAACUCCUAUGGUCUGUUUCUUGUCCAUGGGUUCAGAUCCCACGGCGUCUAUCGAGGCUCUUGCUAAGAAGCUAAGAACAGAUUGUCGCAACAUAUCUAUGGGYCAAGGACAAGAAGUACACGCGCGCAGGCUCCUCACGCAGUUCAUGAACGAGGGAGGCUGGGUUCUGUUGCAGAAUUGUCACUUGGGUCUAGGCUUCAUGGACGAGCUACUUGAUACGGUUACCACCACCGAAAAUGUCAACGAGAAGUUCCGUCUUUGGAUCACGACAGAGGUACAUCCAAAGUUCCCAAUCACGUUCCUACAGUCAUCGAUUAAAUUCACGAACGAACCACCACAAGGUAUCAAGGCAGGAUUAAAAAGAACUUAUGCUGGGAUUACACAGGAUCAACUCGACAUCACCAACAUGCCACAGUGGAAGUCCAUGUUGUACGCUACAGCUUUCUUACAUACUAUUGUACAAGAGAGAAGAAAGUUUGGCCCUCUUGGAUGGAAUAUUCCUUACGAGUUCAACUCUGCUGACUUGACGGCCAGUGUUCAGUUCAUACAAAACCAUCUGGAUGAUAUUGAUAUUAAAAAGGGCGUAUCUUGGACCACUGUUCACUACAUGAUCGGCGAGGUCCAGUACGGAGGUCGUGUGACGGACGACUUUGACAAGCGUCUAUUGAAUACCUACGCAAGAGUCUGGUUUGGCGAGUUCAUGUUCUUGGACAGCUUCAAGUUCUAUCAGGGGUAUAUUAUACCAAAGUGCGCGCAGAUAGCAGACUUUAGAUCCGCGAUCGAAGAGAUGCCGUCUGUAGAUACACCAGAGGUGUUUGGUCUUCAUACUAACGCAGACAUCACAUAUCAAACCAAGACUACAAUAGACACUCUAGAAACCAUCGUUAAUAUCCAACCUAAAGACAGCUCCGGUGGGGGAGGGGAGACUAGGGAAUCUAUUGUCUUCAAACAGGCUAACGACAUGCUUGAAAAACUACCUCCGGAUUAUUUACCUCAUGAGAUUAAAGCACGUUUACAGAAAAUGGGCGCGUUGACAUCAAUGAACAUCUUCUUGAGGCAAGAAAUCGAUCGAAUGCAGAGAGUCAUUACAGCUGUACGAACAACACUGAUUGAUCUGAAGUUAGCCAUCGAUGGAACGAUCAUCAUGAGUGAAAACCUGAAAGACGCCUUGGAUAAUAUCUUUGAUGCGAGAGUACCCGCAUUAUGGAAGAAAAUUUCUUGGGACUCUUCAACUCUUGGUUUCUGGUUCACUGAGCUGAUUGAACGUAAUGCUCAGUUCUCUUCAUGGCUCUUUGAUGGAAGACCAAACACCUUCUGGAUGACAGGAUUCUUUAAUCCUCAA